AUGUGGAGACAACUAAAAAGAAAGACAACGACACAGAACCAAUUCAGAUCAAAUCAUAUGAUACAAGCAAUAAAAUUAGCAGAAGAGAAAAAGAGAAUGCAAGAACAAAAAGAGACAGAACAAGCGGAUAAAAGAAGAAGAAGAGCGGAGUCAAGAAGAGAUACGCAAAUUCAAGAAGUGUCUAACACUCAGGACAUGGAUCCGAUAGACGAUCAACCCACGACUAGCGCAAAGGCACUGCUCGAGAUAAAGAAGGAGAUGGUGGAAGGAGAACAAAUGAAAGAAAAAGAGGAGCAGUUACGAGAAGGAGGCUCGAAAGAGAAUGUUGGUCGGAUUGAACGUGAUUCAGGAACUGAAGAUUCAAGCGGUGAGGAAGGAGAAGAGGAAGAUACAAGAAUCUUGGAGAUGAAGAGAAAAGGGAAGGAGAAAGCAAAGAAGAGAUCACCAUCAGUUUCAUCGAUAGAGGAAACGGAGAGGAAAGAGGGGAAAGGAUUGGUUUCCUUGAUAGAGACUGACCAAAUGAUACCAGGUAGAAAACCGACCCGGGUAGAGGAAGAAUCUAGCUCCAAGAAGCAAGAUGAUGCUAGACCGUUGUUGGACAGGCUGGUCGAAGCCCUCGAGGGGAAAGGAGAGGAAGAAGAAGGAGAGAGAAGAGAAGGAAAGAAGGAUCAGGAGGAAGGAGGAGAAGAAGGAGGAAAGAGAAAGAGUCGGAAUCAGACUCAGAUUCGUCGAGAGACUCGUUGA